ACCGUACCGUAAUAAUUUUAACUCUUCAGUGCACUUCUGUCUGCAGCGGAAAAAUGUUGAAAUUUGAACUUCGAAUUACAAGACGAGGAAGAAAGGUCAAUUUAAUGCAAAGAUGCGUGUGGUUAUUGGAAUAGCAGCUUUAGUAUUGAUAAUUCUAUAUCUUUUUCUACUUGUUUUGCCUUUUACUUUAACUGUAUUUUUUGUUAUAACUGUUGGUUCAUUCAUUGCGUUUCACUUGUCACAAAAUCCGGCUUGUGCCUCGCGGAUCCUGACCCACGUGCGGACUUUGAGCACGACUGCCCCGAAGUUCUGGCGGACACGACCGGAAGAGGAGGCCACCACCAGUAGGGCAUCUGAGAAGUCCUUGCCGCCAGCAUAUCAACCGAAACUCACAGACAGCAUCAAAGAGAGAGGAAAGGAAAAUAUCGUUAAUUAUGUAAGACCAACACUAAAGCCAAGAAGGUUUAGAACUGCUGUGGAGACAAGCGAAUUUCAAGGGAAAAGUCCACAUCAAACUCAACAAAAUUGGGUCCCUCUUAAAAAUUCUACAGCUGCAGCUGCAAACUUUUCAACAUGGAGUCCAAGGCAAGCUACUGAAGGAUUCAAUUUUUCCACAGGAUACAGCGCAGAUGACAAGUUCUCAUUCUCAAGGCUCCCAUUGUCACCAAUUUAUCCCCCUAAUAAAUCAGUAGACAGUCCUGAGUUGGAUUCAAGUACAACAAUGCUGCGCUUCAAUUCUGGUCAGGAUUCCCUUCUCCAUCCCAGCAUGCACUACCCGACCCACCAACCCGACCUUGUGACCUCUCCAGGACUACUUCCUUCGGUCAACUGGUUGAAGGAUGGAGGAAUGUCCAGUCCUCGUCAAAGGAAAGGGUUACCAAGAGUCCAGACUCCAGUCAUGGUCAAGAUUGCCUGUCCACUCCCAGACCGCCCAGCUAGUCCUUUAUUUAGGAAACUGGCAUCAGAGAGUGACAAACAGAAAUCUAGCAGUGCAGAUAAGGUCAUAAUGGCUAUCAGGCAAAGACAGAAGAGAACAGUUCACGAUGCAAACUCAGAGACCAAUAGUCCUAUAGCGCCCUCUGAUGUCAGAAGUGAAUCAAAGAGGAGGAAAUUGGAUAGCACCUCUAGUAAAGAUACUGGAAGAAGCGACAUGGAUAUAGAUUUAGAUAUUAACCCUUUACCAAGGCGAAAGCAGACAGACAGAAUAUUCAGACCUUCAAGAUUUGGAAUCACGUCGCCCACACCCAGAAACCCAAUAGUUAGCUCCUUCAGCUCAUCCAAGAAGACACAGGCUACGUUGAAGAGAAGAAUUGAUACGUCAUCGGUAGAGGUGGAAGAGGAAGAGGGUGUGUCACCCAUCAAGAAGAAAGCCCAUCCCCAGACGUCCCAGCAAUCUCCUCGUCUUCAGAGCCCCUCCAAGAGAAUCAACCCACCAUCAACCCCUGGACUGUUGGCCAGUAGAUCUGGCAGUAGAGCCCUCUUCCUGGAGAAGAACACUGGGCUGUCAGGAUCACCCAGUAAGGACGCAGGAACCACUCCUCAGAAAUCCAAUCUGAAGGGGAAACUGUUCACUCCCAAGAGGACUUCAUUUGUUCCUAGAGUAGACACGCCAGGGGAGUACACUGCUGCUGAUACCAAGGAGGACAGAGCUCAGGCAAGGCAAAGGGGCAGCUAUCUGAAAGAGAUGCUUAUGCAAGAGACGGAAGAAAACCCCUCAAAAGGUGCUGAUUCUACUGGCUCAGCUCAAGAGACAAACACUUUGUUUACGGGAACAACAGCAACAGCAGCAUCCUCUAACCCCUUGCCAACAUUAUCCAUAGGUUCUCUUACCAAGUCUACAGCUUCAACUACAAGUGCAGCACCUGCUGCUCUCUCAACAAUUACUUCUACAUCUUCUGGGGGAACCUCUGCUCUUGGAAUUCUCUCAACAUCUACUCAGAACACAAGCAGCAAUCCUCUUUUGUCUACUAGUGACAAACAGAAACUAACAGCCACAAGUUCAGAGAAGACUAUCAGUUUUGGGAAUCCUACUGCACAACAACUGAACUUGUCAUCCAGUGCUUCAGCAUCCUCGGCAGGAACUUUGCAGAAGUCUGGUGAGGCCUCUGUAGGUUUCAAAUUGCCAAGUGCCACUUCUGCAGGGAAUUCUCUGGGGACUCAGCCGUCAUUGAGCUUGGGUGCUAAUCCUGUGCGUUUGGGUCUUAGUAGUGCUUUAGGAGGCACUCAGGUUGAUGCUAAAGCUCCAUCAUUAAGCACUAAUAACAAUGCAGUUGCUGCUCCAAGUGAUGUGAAGACAACCCAACCUCAGACCACCUCUGCUUCAGUUAGUGGAGGUUUUACAGUUGGUGGUGCUGCUACCAUGUUUUCAGGACCUUCAACAACCUCAGCUCCUGCAACGUCUACUUCCACUUCAACCACGAAACCACAAUUUCCAUCCAUCUUUGGUGGUCUAGGUGCAUCAUCUGGAGCUCAGAGCAGUGCUGGAUCAACCCCAGGAAAACCAAGCUCUCAGGCACCGGCAGGUGGAUACCAGUUUGGACAGACUACAAUUGGAUCUACCCCAACUACUUCUGGAGGACUGUCUUUUGGUAAUUCUAAAACAUCUUCUGUCCCAAGUGGAUUAGCAACACCAUUUCAGGCAGCUGCACAAACAUCUGCCCCUGCUUCCACUGUGAAUAAAUCAAUGUUUUCUAUGUCUGCUCCGAAUACAACUGCGCCGAGUGCUACACAAAAUGGAGGGCCACAAUUCCCGCCCAUCUUUGGCCAGCAAACUACUGCUACAACCUCAAAAGCAAGUGGAAUAGGUCAAGGGACUCUUUUCAGUUCAACAACAAGCAAACCAUCUGUAGGAGCAACUGGAAUACUAAGCCAAGGAACUCCUUUUGGUUCCACAACGAGCCAGCCAUCUGUAGGACCGACCGGAAUAAGCCAAGGUACUCCUACCUUUGGUUCUGCAACCAGUCAACCACCAACAGGAGGCUUUAAAUUUGGACAGUCUGUGAUUUCAGCUCCUGCAACAGCUCCUCCUCCAGCUUUUAACUUUGGUGGAAGCUCAGCUGCACAGAUUUCAUCUUCAACCAGUAGUUCAAGCAUGUUUGGCUCUGCUCCUGCACCAUCCUUUGGUGUUAGCAAGCCUGGCAGUGGUGUUGGAUCAAGUAUAUUUGGUGCAGCACCUGCUACAAACCAGACACCCCUUGGCAGUGCUCCUGCAAACGCAAGCACCAUGUUUAGUGGGGCCACGACCACCCCACAAAAGCCUGCUUUUGGGGCUACUAGCAACAGCAGCAUGUUUGGAAACUCUGCUGGCGCACCUGCAUCAAAGCCAGCCUUUGGAAAUCCCACCGCAACAGUUACUCCGUUUGGAAGUGGUACAAGCCAGCCACCAGCUGCCGCAUCAUCAUCGCCAUUCCAGUUUGGUAGUUCGCAACCAAAAGCGCCGACACAGCCUCCUACUGCUACUGGAGGAUUCAACUUUGGUGGGCAAGCAACGCCACAGAAAUCUUUCAACUUUGGUGGCUCAGCCCCAGCCCCAACCCCAAAUAGUGGCUUUCAGUUUGGUCAGGGGCAACCCUCCGGUGGAGCUACGCCGCAGAACAACUUCUUUGGCGGAGCCUCAGGUAACGCAGCCAGUCCUUUCGGCGGUGGAGGUGGAUUUGGGGCUCCAACACCAGGCGCCGGGAACACCCCUGCCCCAGCCUUUGGGGCAUCCCCAAGCCCAGCUCCUGCACCUGCUGCUGGGGGCUUCUCGAUAGGGUCUGGAGGGGCGAACCCUGCCGCUAGCCAGAAAAGGGCAAAUAGGCUUCGGCAGUUACGAAGUAGAGCUGGAAGAAGGUGAUAGUGAGCACUGACAACACUGAACUCUGUAAAGAAACAUUGAAAAAAUUGAUUACAUGAUGAAAUGGGAGAUGGCUUUCUCUGGAAUUAACCUCUCAUUUGAUUGGACAUCGUACAGAUUGUCAGACAGGUACGAAGUACAGUUGGAAGAGUGUGAUGGAGAACAUUGACAGUUUGAUGAUUUCUGUAAAAUGAACGUUAGAAAUUUAUUAUGAAAUGGCAGGUAUCUCUGGAAUCAACUUCUUCAUUUCUGUGGACGUUGUAGGGAUUGUCAGGUUCGAAGUAGAGCUGGAAGAUGAAACACUUAGUGAAUCAUAUAAAUGGAAAAGUAAUCUUAAUAGAUGAUGAAAUAGGACACAGCUCUCUAUGGAAUCAAAUUAUCAAUUUCUUUGGACAUUGUAGUGAUCAUUUGACAUUUUGUUCCCAAAGAUAGAUGCACAUCUCACUACACAUUGAUGAUAUGACAAAUUGUUUUGGAUAAGGAAGUUCAUAAACUUGACAGGACAUGUGUCGGUCUCGUAGCAAUCUUUGAUGUUUGUGAGCAAGGAUUUUUUAUCAUUACUGCAUUGAUAUUCUCUAUGCAGAAGCAUAGUGAUUGUGGCUCAGUGGUUGAGGUCUACCUCAUCAAUGUGAGGUCGUGGGUUCAAUCCUCGGCAAAGUCAUACCAAAGACUUUUAAAAAUGGGACCUCCUGCAUUUUAGCUAUCCAUUCAGCAUUUAGAUUGGAGAAGGGUAGUAAAAAUAUAAAUGCAGGUCCUGUUGGUAGAACAAUUUUAUAACUGAAGUGGCUUACAUUGAUAAAUAAAACAUUAUUAUUGUUAAUAAAGAUAUGCUUUGUCUCUUUGGUAUUUACUUGGUCACAUGUGACAGAGCUUGAAGCUAAGUCGAUUUCCUUUAGUAUGUUUAGAUACAUGUAUUAUCAAGUCACAGAAGUAGGAAUUAGGACUUUUGGUUGAUUACUAUGACCAUCAGAAUGAAGCAGUGAUGAUCGUCGAGUAUCUAUCUAACACCUUGGUGGAGACAGGUAAAUGUAGACUAACCACUCCCACACUGGUUGGAUCAUUCCACCCAAAUAUUUGACUGAUGGAUGUUGAAUUUUUGCUCAGGCUUAGAAUGAUUCAGAAACGGAUCUUCAUACAUUGCAUAUUCAUGAAGACGUGCAUAGAACUGUUUCACCAAAAUAAUGCGAAGCUUUAAAAUGUCAUAACUUUGUUAUUCGUUGUCUGAUUUUUAUGAAAUUUUCUGUGUUAUGUUUGUCUGAUUUCACUUCAUCUGUUGAAAUCAUAUUAUUUUCAGCCUGAAGUACCCCUUUAAUGAUUAUUCCUGAUCGGUUUACAUAUUGGUAACAAAUAGAUAUGUUAAAAAUUUAUAAAAUUAAAUCAAUAUUUAUUCAAAUUUCUCAGCUUUUACAUCUUAUUUAGAUCAUGUUAUUUCCCUAACCCAACUUUUUAUACUUUUAUGAACCAAACUAUAUUGUAUGUUAAGCAUAUAUUACUAUAUCAGGGUGAACUUUUCAUUCUAUGUAGAUUUUGUAUGUGGGAAUUACAUGUAUGUAUUAUAGCAUUGAAGCAUUGCUGAUGUACAUGUAUUCUGUAAUUUAAUCAAUUUAUCUUCCAAAUGUAAUUCCAAAAUUAUUUAAACUACAUUGGUUGUACCCAUUUUUUGCCUACUUAUGUAAUCUUUGGAAACAGUUAUGAGUCAAUACAAGUAAUACAACAUUGAUCAUCUUAUACUUGUUUUCCUUUAUGAUUAUAUGUGCUUAGACAAAAACCCUGUAAACAGUUAUUUGUGUAACCUGUACUGUCUGCAAUUAUAAAAUUGAAGUUACUUGCUAUUACUAUUAAAUGAAACUGUUUAUUUUCAUAUUCCUUUUAGUGAUAUGGGGCCUUAGGAAUAUGAAAAUUGAAAUUUGUAUCUAUCUAUUGGCACCAUUGUUUACAUUAUGCAGUUUCUAAUCAGUAAUAGUACUCUAUUACAUGUACUAGACAGCCAAUUUUAUGUAACUCAAUCUCUUGUAAGCCAGAGGUAUUCAGACAAAUAUUACAAAAUUAUUAUUUUUAGUCAUGUUCUUUGCAAAUUCUAAAGCUACAUGUAGUUUGAAUUGUACAAAUAUCUUAUACUGUUUUCAGUAACUCAUGAUUUUUUUGGUCUGCACCAAGCCCGUACUAAUAUAGUCUGCACAACAAGUGUUCGGUAACUACAUAGCAGAGUCGCGCCACUUUUACGAUCAACCAUUCAAAUACUCGGGCAUAUAAGGGAUUGUACUAGUCUGGUGCUGAUAAAAGCAGAACUAUAACCCCUGCCUGGCGCAGGCUAUUUUAGACUGCACCAUUCAUAAAUUCGAAAUUUUUACUACUCCGCCUGGAGCUGGUCCGAACCAGCGAGUUACUGAAAGCGGUAUUAAAUAAUGAUAAUAAUCACCUAAAAUCAAUCAGUUUCUCAGACAAAUGGGUCACUGUCAUGUGACACAAAUUGUGAGGAUUGAUCUUAUGGAUGGAUAUAGGAUUGAUUUAAUUGAUCACUUAUUUGGAUCACUCAUUGAUUGGUUAAAGGGGAAUCCAGCCUUGGUCAUGAAAUGUUGUCUUGUAAAGGAGAAAAAUAACUAGGAAAGUAAAUAAUGACAAGGGGCAAGGACAUCUUUCCCAUAAGUACCCAUUCCCCUGGGGCAGUAAUCUGAACAUAACCCAGGUAGUAUAUUGUUUUAUGUUUUCAUUAAAGAAAAAUAUAAUAUGAAGUAAAACUUAUGAAAAAAAAGACAUUUCAGCCAUUUGAUGUAUUGGCGUACAGGGAAGAGAGUCCUUGCCUUACAUCACUAUGACAUCAUAUAUGCAGCCAAUUUGAAGUCUCCAUGGGUGUAGUGAUUACCAAUUUUACAACUUCCAAAAAUUCAUAACUUUCUUAUUAUUUGUCCGAUAUUGUUCAAACUUUCACCUAUCAACUUGUCUGAUUUUUCCUUUUCCUCGUAAAACAAUCUUUUAUUUGGGUCAGAUUCCCCUUUAACUUUGUGUUGUGAAAACCAUUUCUUGCAAAAGGUGUUGUGCUCUCUCAAUCUUCUAAAGUGGAAAAAAUCUGUGAUCCCGGCAAAGAGAAUUCCUGCAUUCUAUUACAGUGAACUCGUGUUUACUUCAUAACUAAGAAAGUGGGAAUACGAAUGUAUGCUUGUUGUAUACUUCUUUAUUCGUUUUCCAAUUGUUGCUUAAAUUUUCAAUUGAAUACAACUUCCAUGUUUGGUUAUAGGGUAAGUUCUGGAGGCACUCAUGGAAACUGAUUUGUUUACUCCACCAGUUGGUGCUGAUAUUGCAAUACAAUCAUUUAAUUUUCAUAAGUCUUGAAAUUUGAAUUUUCGAGCCACUUUUUGAAUUGAUUUGGUCAAUCAACACUCAAUUUUUAUAAAAUUGAAAUUUGCAUUUCAAAAUACAUGUAUAUUUGAAAGUGGACUCCAACAAAUUUAUGUACGUAUUUUUUCUUGAAAACCAGGGUCCCGUUUCAUAAAGACUUGUUAUAAUAACAAAUGCAACAUUUCUAUAACAAGUUUACUAUCAGCCAAUCAGAUUGAAGGAUUUCAGUGGCUUAUAACUGUUAUUGUAAAAAGUUUUAUGAAACGGACCCCUGUUCCAAUUUUUUUUUUUUGUCGAUGGAAUGUGAAAAUAUCCUUCAGAUACUGUAAUACCGCAUAAUGUGAUUGUGAUCGUAUUUACUGUUACUGUUUGUAAAUAAAAUGGAAUAGAAAGUUA